AGCUGACGGGCGAGCAGCAGCAACACAGGGCCGCGCGGUGAGCGGCAGGCCCCACGCUGCCAGUAGUAAUGCUGACGGCUCAGGUGUUAGUGCCGUGGACGCGACGCUCCCACGACUCCCCACACGGCCAGUGAGUGACGCGCAACCCCCACCUGGAGGGGUGACCAUGACAACUGCCCGACGACGCCUGGCAGCAACGAGAGACUAUCUGCGAGGAAUUGUUUAUCGCAGACUGUUACCCGCGGCGGGCAGGCACCAGCAGUGCCCUCGCCUAAGGAGAUUGUGUUCCGCUAGUGACAGUAACAGUGACAGUGCACGGCAAAGAGCAGCGCACUACCUCGGCAGCCUACACUUGAGUGCCGUGCGUGGUGCGCGGCGCGGCGGGUCACCACCACCAUGUCCGCCCUCUACCUCCCGUCGGAGAUGAAGGAAGGGCGAGCGCCCUCCUACGUCUCCCUCAACAAGGACUUCAUCCUCCUGAAGCCCAACAAGCCAGGACAAUUGCUGCGCGGGCCGCGACGCGUGGUGCGGCUGUGUGUGUUUGCGCUACUGCUGCCCGCGGUGCUCAUCACCGUGCCCCUGUACGUACGCCUGGUACUGUAUCCCCCCGCCCACUACCCCAUGAUGCCUACAGACCAACGCCUCCUUUCCCGCCACGCCUCCUCCUUCUGGUGCCAGGCCCAAUCCACACACAUGAACGGCUCGUUCACCAGCUACCUGACGAGCGGUAGGCCCGAGUUGCGGCCUGACAGACGCACCUACGUCAUGUUGAACCAUCUCAGGGCGCGGGACGACGUCAAGGAGUACUGGGGAUUCUACUUGCUACGGGGCUCCACCGUCACCAUCUCCUCGUGCGCCAGAUGGUCAGGCGGUCAGCUUAUGAUCCUGAGAGGCGUGGAAAACCUGCACCGCUGCGCCUGGAUAGGAGAGAAGGAUUCUGCAGAAAAUUUGGCCGAGGACGAUGACGACAUCAGCAACGAGCGUCACCGGCAGGAGGAACUGGCAAGGAUGCGGAGGCCCAGCGUGUACCAGGCCUCCGAUGACUACACCGAUCCCGAGGCAAGCAUUGGUGCAGAGGCCACAGGCCCCAAGGCCCAGCCCCUCCACUCGGAGGAGCGGCGGCAAGGAAUUACCAAGCUGCUGCGGAAAGCUCUCAAAAUGAGCAAAGACAAGGGUGAAAUCUUGAAAAUCCUUCACUCUCAAGACAAAAAUCAAAAUUCCAUGAAGGUCAAACAAGAUGGUGACUUAGCCAUCAACAGCAACACAAAACCUUCAACGAAAGUCAUGUUGGCUAAUCAAGGAACGUCCCACGAUGGAGAAACCAGCGUGCCAGGAGGCGAACCGACGCCCGCCGAGGACGGUGACCUCACGACGCCGAGCACGCCACGCCGGGGGAGGAAAAAUAGAAGACUGAAGGACGAACUCAGACAGCGGCGACUUAACAAGAGGAGGAGAAAGAAGGGUAACACUAGAGACAAGAACCUUACAGAAGAGUUGCUGCCGGCAAACACAAGACACAGGCGAGACGUGGAAGAGGAGGAGGAGGAGAACACAGACGGAGCGUUUGAAGAGCUGGACACAGAGGACGUUGUUGACUUGCUGACGGAUGAUAAGUCCCACAAGAUUCCUGCAGAAGAGAGGGCGCUGGGGGCGCAGGUGUUCUUCCCUGAGGGGCUGAAGUACGAGAGAGGAACAGUCAACCAAACCACGGCCAACGACCACUCUCGAGAGGAAGAGGUGUCUUCCUUCUCCAGCAGCGAGGAGGCCCUAGCGAGCUGCGAGGGCGUCAUUAUCAACCUGCAGCUGGUGCCCUACAGAAGGUGCAAUUACCAGAGUCUGGACCUGAACAAGAUCUCCUACGACAUCCCCAUCACCGGCACCUACUACUUCGUGUUCUCCAGCGACAACGAGAUCUACGUCAACGAUCUCUACUUCAACGUGACUAUGGAGCGCGUGGUGUACAACGUCAGCAAGAGAGAGGAGCUGUGCACCAACACCACAGACUGCCUCAUGCCCCUCGGCUUCUGGUCCAACGACCAGACCGUGGUGGAAGUGCCCCCCGAGGCCACCUGGAACCACUCCUACGUGAUGGACGUAAAGUGCGAGCCGCGGGUGUAUGUCUACCUGAGCUUCCUGCUGCUGGUGCCGCUGCUCAUCAUGUGCUGUGCCUUCUACUGAGCCUCCCGCCCCACCCACUGCAGCCAGGAGCCAACAUGUCAGCGUGAUCACGAAGGAACUCGCUUGGUCUUGCCUUUGCGGUGAUUAUUAUGUAUCAGCUUCAGGAGUCGACAAAUCAUGGGGAUGCUUUCCUAGCAAGACUGCUUCUCUGAGGCUAGCAGCUGCAGCUCCCUAACCCUUCUCCACCGAGGUGGUGAUGCGGCAGCGUUUAUCACGCUCCCUUGGUGUGAUGAUAUUCAUUAUACCGAUAGGCGGGCGCUCCUCUUCAUACACAACGUCACGCAACCUCAACCUGUGGUGCUUCUAGGUUAAGUUAGAGUUAAGGAAUGAGUUAUGAGUGCCGCGCCCGGAGACCCUCGCCCUUGCCCGUGAGGGACGCGCACUACAGCUGUAUCCUUAGCUGAUGCUCAUUAUGUGUCAAGAUCCUCAACCCUUAACCCUCACCCGUUAUCCUCCCCCUCCCCCUCACAGCUACAUCUGGUUCUCACAUUCAGGUGCCGCUCAGCCUGUCUUCCUCCCGCUGCCAAGGCGGCUGUGGUUCUUCAAGCCGGUCUGUGUUGGGGCCUCUGUUGCCUCGACUCCUCACACUCACGUUAACACCUACCUAUCUAUCUAUCUAUCUAUCUAUCUAUCUACCUACCUAUCCAUCUACCUACCUAUCCAUCGCACUCUCGUAACCGUGUGUGUGUGUGUGUGUGUGUGUGUGUGUGUGUGUGUGUGUGUG